UUGAUACAGAAGCGUUUACCAAACGAAACUGAAGAGCAACAACGUUCGCACCGACUCAGCUUGAUACAGAAGCGUUUACCAAACGAAACUGAAGAGCAACAACGUUUUCACCGACUCAGCUUGAUACAGAAGCGUUUACCAAACGAAACUGAAGAGCAUCAACGUUCUCACCGACUCAGCUUGAUACAGAAGCGUUUACCAAACGAAACUGAAGAGCAACAUUGUUCUCACCGACUCCACUUGAUACAGAAGCGUUUACCAAACGAAACUGAAGAGCAUCAACGUUCUCACCGACUCAGCUUGAUACAGAAGCGUUUACCAAACGAAACUGAAGAGCAACAUUGUUCUCACCGACUCCACUUGAUACAGAAGCGUUUACCAAACGAAACUGAAGAGCAACAACGUUCUCACCGACUCAGCUUGAUACAGAAGCGUUUACCAAACGAAACUGAAGAGCAACAACGUUCGCACCGACUCAGCUUGAUACAGAAGCGUUUACCAAACGAAACUGAAGAGCAACAACGUUCUCACCGACUCAGCUUGAUAUAG